GUUAAUAGUUUCGGUGAAAACGAUACUGUUUUCGAAAAACAGGUACUUUCAUUGUGAUUCUGAACACCUUCGGUUUUUUAUAUCGGCCUUAAUCCGCCCUAAUUUGAUGCAACGAACAUGAGUGCUCUUCCCACGAAAUUCCAUAUUGAUGACAGCGCCAACCGUGCUAAUUUCAUGAAAUUUUUGUUGAAAUGCCCCCUACACCUAAGUCUGUUAAGUACAAUUUUGGAACAAAAUAGCUAAUUUAUAUUUUUUCAAAAAAUAUGGACGGUAUUAAUAAUAAUUCCCUUUUAGUGACCACUGGGCGUCUCAUUUUUAUCGCGUCUGCGGAUAAAAUUGUAAAAUGGCGUCUUAUUGCUUGAUGGCUUUAAGUUUGUUACACGUCAAUAUUGAAAUUAGCUGAAAAUAUUUCAGAUAGAACAUAACAGUUUAAAGAGCAAAAUGUAGGAUACCUAAGGUUUUUAAAUUCCAUAGUGAAGCAUUAGUAGCUUUGUAUCGUUUAACUUCUUUUUAUAAUUUACUCCCAACUAAAUAGAAAUGAAUGCUUAUUAUUGAAAGUGAUUUUUCAAAAUGUUUCUAAUGGAUUGUGUUUAUCAAAGAAGAAAUUUACAUCUUAAUAGGAAUUCAGAGACAAUUGUGAAAUAUCUUGAAGAGCCCAGGUAGCACCAUUAAAAAGUGUGGUCUGUGAUUUAUCUAAUGAAUUCUGAAUAAUGAGUUCAACAUUCCAACCGAGUGUUGUAAAGUUAGAAGACAAUUCUGAAAAUGUCACUGAAAUACAGUCAUACCUGGAAGGGUUCCAGAAAGAAAUAGAAAAUGGAGAUGGAACUAUCCAAACAGUGCAAGAAAUUGAUGAUGAAAAUGAUGGAGAGAAUGAAGAAGGAACAUAUUUUGUUGAUCAAGCAGGACACUAUUACUAUCAGGCCAAGGGUGAAUCUCAACCGGUUAUGACAAUGGUUUCUGCUAUAAAUGGAAGCAGCUCUGAAGAAGCAGAUGAGUUCAUUAUCAAUAAUGAUAAUGAUGAAGACAUUGAUGACAGUGAGGAUCUUCCUGGGGAAGAAGCAGAGAAACAUAUUUUGAUUAAUUCAGGCAACAGUUAUCAAAAAGUAACAGUUGUACCAGCAGACACAAAUACAGGCGAGUUGAGCUAUGUUUUAAUAGUUCAGAAUCCUGAUGACAUAAAGGAAGGAGAAGAAGACAACAUUGAUGGAGAUCAGGAUAUGACUGUGUACGAUUUCGACGAGGCUGAGGAAAGUAGCACUUUGGUGGAUUCUGAGGCUGAAGAUGACAAAUCUAAGAUAGUAAAGAUUGUUCCACGAAAAUCACAAGUGGUUACACAAGCGCAUAUGUGUAACUAUUGCAACUAUACUAGCCCGAAACGUUAUCUUUUGUCACGUCAUAUGAAAUCGCAUUCGGAAGAAAGACCUCAUAAAUGUAGUGUUUGUGAAAGGGGUUUCAAAACACUCGCUUCCUUACAAAAUCACGUGAAUACACACACUGGCACGAAACCCCACGCUUGUAAAUUCUGUGAUGCAGCAUUCACCACGUCUGGUGAGCUGGUUCGUCACGUUCGUUAUCGUCAUACUCACGAAAAACCUCACAAAUGUCACGAGUGCGAUUAUGCAAGCGUGGAACUUUCAAAAUUGAAACGCCAUAUUCGUUGCCACACUGGCGAAAGACCAUAUCAGUGUCCGCAUUGCACCUACGCCAGUCCUGAUACAUUCAAGUUAAAACGCCAUCUUCGUAUUCACACUGGGGAGAAACCCUACGAAUGUGAUAUAUGUCACACAAGAUUUACGCAGUCUAACAGCUUAAAAGCGCACAAAUUGACACAUAACAUUGGAGAUAAGCCCGUCUUCCAGUGUGAGCUCUGCCCCACUACGUGUGGACGAAAAACAGACCUUCGCAUUCACGUGCAAAAAUUACAUACUUCGGACAAACCUCUUAAAUGUAAAAGAUGUGGGAAAUCAUUUCCAGAUCGUUACAGUUACAAGCUUCACAACAAGUCUCACGAGGGUGAAAAGUGUUACAAGUGUGAUUUGUGUCCGUAUGCGUCGAUUUCAGCACGCCAUCUAGAGUCGCACAUGCUAAUUCACACCGACCAAAAACCGUACGUGUGCGACCAGUGUGACCAAUGUUUCCGUCAAAAGCAGCUCUUAAAGAGACACCAAAACUUGUAUCAUAAUCCGGCAUAUGUGCCUCCUGCGCCACGUGAAAAGACACACGAGUGCCCCGAGUGUGGGCGUGCAUUCCGUCACAAGGGCAACCUCAUAAGACACAUGGCCAUUCACGAUCCUGAUUCCGCAGUUCAGGAAAAGCAACUCGCGCUUAAACUCGGUAGACAGAAGAAAAUUCAGAUGAUUGACGGACAACAGGUGGAAGUGAUGCCCGUUGUAGGAUCGUCUGACGAAGAGGAUGAGGGUGACAUGAUGGCCGUAGAAGGUUCUGAUGGACAACAGUAUGUAGUACUGGAAGUUAUACAGCUUGCAGAUGGGGAAGAGCAGGCUAUAGUAGCAGGGGAUGGCACUUCGGAUUUAUUGGGCGACUCGAUACUACCAGAUCAUGAUUUAAACGAAGAAGAAGUUAUAAAGGCAUUACAGUCUGCGAGAAGGAUAGGAAAAUCGAACGAGGAAGAAAAAAGAAAAAUUAAAGCAUCCACUGAACGCGAUAUGGAAAACUGUUUUGGAUUCGACGAUGACGACGACGAAGAGGAAGAUACAGGAGGCAAAGAGUCAAUAACGCUUUUAAGCGGUUUGGAUUAAUAAAUAAAGUGUUGGUUCGUUUUAAGCUAUUUUAGAGAAUGUAAUGAAGUAAAAUGAACAUUGCUCACGUUAUUGUUGCAUUUUACAUUGUAAUUUUUAGUGCAUGAGUUUGUAAAUGUUACAUUUUUUGAUAUGUACAGAUGCUGCAGGGACGUUUGUACAUAGUAAUAAGAUAUCGUGUAAAGAAGUACAUAAUUAUUUGAAAUAUUCCAUUUUGUUAUUUAUAUUUUGAAAAGUAAAUAAAGUAAAUUUGAAGUGAAA